AUGUUGACUAAAGUUGGUGUUCUUGAAAAAGAAAAUGCAAACCACUUAAAGCAUAUUAUCAGCCUCAGAGAAGAGAUAAAUAAAGGUUCUAGUCAACUGAUAGACCUUCCUGACGAGUCCUUUGCCAGCCCUUCAAAUCGGAAUACUGUGCAAAUUGGAAGCGAACAUGAAAGAAAACUUCUAAUUAUAUCCGAUGAACAUGGAAAGAACUUGGACCGCAAUAUUCUGAAGCAUCUAGACAAUGGCAAGUACAGGGUGGAAUCUGUAAUCAAACCUGGUGCUCAUUAUGACAGUGUUUUGGAGGGUCUCGAAAGGACUAUUAAAAACUAUAAUUCUGAUGACUAUGUGGUUGUUGUUGCUGGCUCAAAUGAUUUUUUAACUGGAAGUAGGCCUAAGUUCUAUAAAAUUCAUGAGAAAAUAGGAGUAUGUUUCAUAUUUUUAGCAUGUCCCAGCACAAUAAAGAGCCAAAGCAGCAACAAUCUCAUACAACAAUUUAAUAACUGUCUCAAACAAAUCAUUAACACAUAUAAUACCACUUCUAAUAAAUCUUUUGAUUUUAUAAAUAUCAAUAUCAACCAUGGUAUUAAGGUGAGGAACUGGCUGAUUGGCAAAAUGAUUGCAGAAUCAAUCCAACUUAGUGUGUUGCAGAGUAAACUAAUGAACAAAGAAACUGGCUCAGCCUCUAAAUUGACUCAAGUGAACCAAUCUAUUUUGCCAACCGACGGUUCCCAGAAUUCUAUGUCUCCCCAGGCUUUGGAUAGGACCGGGAUGUUUUUUGGUUUGGGUACUUCAUCCCAUUCGAUAAGUUUAUUUGAUGAACUAAAUACUAGCUGUGACGGAAGCAAUAUGAACCUGAAUUGUUCUUUUUUAGGGGGAAACAUGACACAAAUAAAGGGUCCUCCCCAAACAGCUUAG